CUCGCGAAUGCAAAAUGAAGUUCGUAAUGAUUCUUGCCUUCAGCUUUAUUUUAAAAGUUGCCUUAGGUAACACCGUUCUUCAAAGUUCCUGCCAAUUGGACCUAGAAACAACUGUGUCAAAGAGUUUGGAACUAUUGAAAAACGCUCUUGGGAGAGCAGGAGAAUGUUCACCCACGUGUCCAAAUGGGUGGCUGUCUUACGAGAGCUCCUGUUUUUUGUUUGGAAAUGCUCCUUCGACGUUUGCAGAUGCCGAGACCUUUUGUGAAGACAGAGACAGUCACCUUGUCUAUAUCAAAGACAAUUCAGAAAACACAUUCCUCAAAGACACUGCUCGUGAAAUGAAACCUCGCCACUGGUGGAUUGGUCUGACGGACAAGGUUGUCGACGGCGAAUGGCUCUGGGGCGAUGGAUCAGAAACGACAUUUACUGAUUGGCACACAAACGAGCCGAAUGGUGACGGAGAAUGUGGUCAUUUACAUUACGGUGCAGACUACGCAUGGAAUGACGUUUCGUGUACUCAUAGUUCAAACCCUUCUCCGAUUUGCGAAAAAUAGUUCACUUGAUCGAUUCAUUUCUCUUAGAGAUGUUUCUAUAUGGUCUAGUUAAGAAACCAGAAAAUGAAAAAGUACGUUACAUUGUGAUGAAAUUCAUUCAAUAAGAACCACAUGCGAUAACAUAAUGACGCCAUUAUAACAUUGUUUCUUCACAUACAUAAGAACGAGGGAAUGUAUGUCAUUAAGACAAGAAUUUAUACCAUUUAUUUGUUCUUACUGAAAGAUAUAUAUCUAAGGCAAUGAUGUAAACGUCAUUUCUUUUAACCAUAAUGUACAGGCGCCGUACUCAUUAAGCAUGUUAAGACAUUUCCUAUUUUAAUGUAAAUUUCUAAAAAUAUGCAUAGUCAAAUUAAAAAAAAAUGUAUAAAUGUUUAUAAUAUAAGAGUAUAUUUGUGUUUUUUUUAUUUCAUAUGACUAAAGACAAUUUUACGUUAGAAAACGACAUAGAAAGUAUUAUGAAUACCGCACUAGUAUUGUAAUGUAUUUCAGCAUGACCAUUUGGGAAUACACUUUAGUAAUCGUAUUUUCUUCUACGGAACCUUUAAGAAUAACACAAAAGUAAUGGUAUCUCCUUUGAAGGGACCACUGGGGAAUAUACCACAGUUAUGGUAUUACCUUCGAAAGGAAAAAGCCAUUAGCGAGAUUCCUUCAUUUAUAUAUAUUAACAGAACUGUGUGACUGUGGUGAUCAAAAGUAUUGUUUCUGUUAAGGCUUUGUAACUUGAUAACAUCCCAAUUUAAGUUUAUUCUGAUUGAUAGCACAUGUUUAGUAAUAUUAUCUUUCUAUAAUGUAAAAUAAAUCGGAUAAACAACAGAAGCUCAUCAAUUGUUUACCGACUUUUUAGAUAGAUUUAUUAUCAAGCACUGGUACAUUUUCCCGAUAGUAUAUAUGAGAUUCAUAUAACUUAUCUCAACGCCUAAAUAAUACUGUUAUGGAAAUGCGUGGUAGUGAUAUUAAAAAAAACACCUUUGUUAUAAAGUCAUACUGCCGUUUAAACGCCUUUGUUCAUUGUAAUCAUUAAAAACAUAUCUUUUUACUCACGUGUUAAAGUAUGUGUAAUGUAAAGAAAGUGUUUGUAACAGGAAAAAAAUCAACAUUAUGUAAUGAAAAACAACUGUAAAUAAAUAAAUAAUACAGUAUAUAAUUGGGAACUGGUAGAUACUGUUUUCUUUCGUUAAAAAACGCAAAAUGAAUUCAAUGUUACUUAAUAAGACAGGAAAAAGUUUUACGUCGUCCGUUUGAAUAAGACAAUAACACCAGUAACAACUAACAUCGACACAUCAUGUUAUGUAAGAUUUAAGAAAAUAGAACUACGAUUUGCUUCAACGAAUAUGUAUCCGUGUAAAUAUUGUUUGAUAGAGAAGGGUGUAUUGACUUUAAAUUAUUAUCUUUUUAAAAUCAGAAUUAGUUUGAACAAUUUGUACUCAAGUAUUAUGUUUGUGGGUAAGAAAGAAAAAUAGAAAAAAUCUAUUAUUUGUAACUGAUAACACGCAGAAAUAACGAGAUUGGGAGAAUUGGAAUUUGAAUUUUCUAUAUAUGUUAAUUAGCUUUGUUUAAAUGUGCUGCAUUUAAGAUAUACAGCAAAUAUGUGUGUUAUUGUCACACAUUUUUACAUAGUAUUUGAAACUUCCUUAAUGUACAUGUAUUUGGGCAUACAAAUAAUUGUGUACGCAUUUCAUUCCAAGCUUUAUUUACAAAGCACAAUUUAUACAUAAUUACGCUCAAUAAUAAGUUGUGUAUGUAGUAGUAACACAGUUUUUGUGUA